AUGCCCACAUACCUCUGCCACGGCUUCCGCUGGCAGCGGAAGAGCAUCCGCGUGUUUGUGGUGGUGCAGAACCUCGACGACGCCUCGCCCGAGUGGAUCGCAUCGUCCACGACGUCCCAGGCACUGCUCGAGUCCUUCUACAACCUAUUUGACUUUCUCCCGCCGGCGGAAAGCGACGGAGGCGUCGAUACCGCCAGUGCGGACGAAUUCAGGGCCCAGGAUUGGUCCGUUGUAAAGGUGCUCGAGGAAUACGAUCCCGACAACCUGGACGAGGUAUCGCGCCCGCACGCCUACGUGUCCGACUACGUGGUGCGCGUGGACCUAUCCGUGUCCAUCGUCGAGGAGAUACAACGCUACGAGGAGCGCAUGCGCGCGGGCCGCGACCCGCCCAUGGCCGGGCCUUCGAGCGACGAGACGGCCAGCAAGAAAAAGAGCUCCAAGAAGCCCGGCUGGUUCGAGAAGUUGCGCGACCAAUUGCAGCGCGGCGAAGACAUAAGGUGGUAUGUUAUUGUCAACGGCGACGAGGUCCGCGACUUCCCGAACCCCGAACAUUGGUCAGACGACGACCACCCAGAAGAGAGCAGCCCCGUCCAGGAAGAACAGGAC